AUGCAAGGUUAUAUUCUGGUAGUUUUCUUUUUCUUCGUGGCAUUAACUGAAGGAUUAUUUAUUAAUCGAAAUAAAUGUCCAAUAAAAAAAUAUACAGCAAACAAAUAUGUAAUGGGCCAUACAUUAUUAGGUCAUGAAGAUUUUGCUAAACAUGUGAAAACAGUAGAAAAAACAGCAAAAGAUUGUAAUGUUCAUGUCUACGUUAAAGAUUCUUAUUAUCAAAUGAUAGAUUCAGCUGCACCAGCCUCAACAUCUGACGAAAAUUUAGUUAUUGGUCAUGGUUUUCGAUUUGAAAUUCAUGAUACAAGUAAUAAAGUUUUGUGUAAUGCAGUAUGCCUUUCAAAAAAUCCAAUGGGAACAUUUCAAAUUAAAUGUUUCUUAGAAACCAUUCAGAAACAUGGUUUAGUAUGGUCAAUUUAUGAUUCAGAUGUUAUAAGUGAUGGCACAUAUGAAUCAGAUAGGAGAGGAUAUCAAGCGCUUAAAGUUGAUAUACAAACAAAGUGUCAAAAAGAAAGCUUUAAACGACAACUACUACGAGCACUUCGUCGAAUGAAUGAAGAAGAGAGCGAAGAAUUUGCAGGUGAUAAUCAAGAAACUGAAGCUAUUAAUCGAGAAGAAUCUGAAAGUGAUAGCCAAGAUACUACAGAUAUUGUCAAUGACGAGAAGAAAAAAUAA